CUCCACGUUGGAAGUGAUAGAAAGUAUUAUCCCCGUUCGGACCCGGAUUCGGAUUUUUUUUUGGGGGGGGUGAAGGAGGAUCCGUCGAAGCGGAAACUUUAAGCGUGAAAAACACCGAGGAACCGGCGAAGGGCGAAGAAAAGGCGGUUUUCGUUGAUGAUCACGCCGCAAACCAAAAGAAAAGUUUUCUCGGGACGCGAAGUUGUCAAGUGAGUUGAACUUCAACAAUAGGCGGAUUCUAUCACAAGACAGUCGCGAUCCAGGGAGGCGCAGAGCACAUGUGUUUUUGUUGGUUUGUCGCAAUAACAGAAAAGGAGAACAGAGCUCAUUCAAGGUGAUUUAAAAACUUUUAUGUCCAGAAAAAUGGAAGCGACGUUUUACGACGAAGCCGUGAACGGCUCCGGCUCUCAGCACGACGGGCCGACGGUGUAUGGGUUCAACCCCAAAACCCUCAAGCAGACCAUGACGCUCAACCUCAACGACCCGAAACACUUCAAGCCCCAGCUGAGCGCCAAGGCCCUGGACAUCCUCACGUCCCCAGACGUCGGCUUGCUGAAGCUCGCCUCGCCCGAACUCGAGCGACUGAUCAUCCAGUCCUGCACCGGGCUGACGACUCCCACCCCGACCCAGUUCGUCUGCCCCAAGAACAUCACCGACGAGCAGGAGGGCUUCGCGGAAGGCUUCGUGAGGGCCCUGGCGGAGCUCCACUACCACCAGCAGCCCCCCUCCGCCGCCUCCGCCUCUUCCUCCUCCUCCUCCGCCGCCGCCCACGGUGACGCACAGACGGGCGCGAGCGGCGGCAUGGGAUCCGGCCCCGCCGCGUCCGAGAGCGACGGGAUUCCCUUCAGCUGCACGGCGCGCACCGACCCGCCGGCGUACACCAACCUGGGCGCUUUCGGCCGCGCCGCGGGUUCCGCGUGCGCACCGGCCGGCGAGAGGAACCCGCCGAUGGGCUACGCGUCCGGCCCGCAGCCGCCCCACAGCAACAUGGACCACCUGGCGGCGGCGGCGGCGCAGCACUCGCGGCUACACGCGCUGAAAGAGGAGCCGCAGACGGUGCCCGAGAUGUCCGGCGACACCCCGCCGCUCUCCCCCAUCAACAUGGAGAAGCAGGAGCGAAUCAAAGCGGAGAGGAAGCGCAUGAGGAACAGGGUGGCCGCGUCGAAGUGCCGGAAAAGGAAGCUGGAGAGGAUCUCCCGGCUGGAGGACCGGGUGAAAAACCUGAAAUGCCAAAACACGGAGUUGGUUUCCUCCGCCAACGUCCUGCGGGACGAGCUGGCGCUGCUCAAGCAGAAGGUCAUGGACCACGUUAACAGCGGCUGCCAGCUCAUUUUGACGCAGCAGCUCCAACCUUAUUAGACCAAUAUGGGUAUACAAACAACAAGAGACAUUUCUUGUGGACCAAAUUGAGCCAUGCAGGGGAGCCCCUGCGUCUCUGUGACAUUAUCCACCAAACGGUCCGCCCAGACUGAAAUCCACUAAGUUUCUGCAGACAAAUAGCAAGAAUGGACACUGAUGAGAUACUUGUAAUUGCUCAGUGCGAUGAAUUAUUACAGAGCAGAGGCCACCCGACGGACGGACAAAGCACAGGGGCCGCAUUCGCUUCAUAUACCCCUCUGGUGUGGCUUAAGAUUUCUUUUUGUUCUUAAUGUUCCUCCCCCUCCACUAAAAACUACAACAUGCAUUCAUUCAAAAAAAUGUAGCAUGGUGUUUAUACCUAAAGCUAAUAUGUCGUCCCAGGAAGCCUUGCUGUGUGACAGCGCAUGUGUGUGAUCAGAUUGCAAAUUGACAAAAAAAAAACACAGUGAACGAGGCGUUUCCCUGCAACACACUCCUCCCCCCCCCCCCCCCGUGGCAAGUAACAAUUAUGCAUAAAUACUUUCAGGACUGAGUAUCCCCCCCGCGACUACCCCGCAUGACCCGACCGACACUUAAAACCCGAAUUACACCUUUUCGCGAGGACUCUUAUUGGUGUGUGUGUGUGCGCGCGCGCGCGUAGCGUUCCCUGACAUAACCCUGCCUUACUUUCUUAACCCCCUUUUUGUUCAUACAAACUUUGAUAUAGAACCCGAAGUAACACUUUUUAAUAUUUGUAUGUCUUUUGAGCACUUUCCGAACUGUAAAUAUGAUCAAAUAAAAAUGUUGGGACACGC